AUGUGUGAUCUGUCAUCAUGCAUCGCACAGAAGGAGGCGAGGCUGGGCACAGAGGGACUCGGCGGUGAUUCACCAGCCUUGGAGCAGGUGGAAGGUCUGCCCCUCUCGCUCCUCUCCCUGAAGACGCGACCCAUCGGCUGGGACGCAUGGCACUUCCUCUCCAGCCGCCGCAACAUCCUGAUCACACUCAUUCGCAACGAGGGCGUGAGCACGCUGCUGGUCCUCAAUGCCUACUUUGCGCACCUGUAUGAGGAGGAGGAAAGAGCGGACCGCGAGUGCACGCGCGCGGUGCUGGACCUGGCGGCCGUCCGGCGCCUGCCCCCAGCGCUCUCCUCCCGGCUGACGGAGGAGGAGCUGGGGGCGGGGAGCGGUCGGUCGGCGGCUGCCACGCCCGGCGCGCAGCCUGCUGCAGAGGCGGAGGAGGCCGACGAGCUGGCCGCGCUGGUCAGCGCGGCGGCGGUGUGCAACGUGAUGCUGGCCAACGACGGGUUCGUGGGCCAGGCCCCCAGCCUGGGGUGA